UUAUAAUGUGUUCAAAGCAAAUCUCAUACGCACAUCAGAAACAACUCACUCAUGUGCUCAUUAAUAUUCUAAAGUGCAUGUGAUUCCAAGGAUAUGUCUCUGAAAGAGAAAAGCAUUGGAAUAUCCAAUGGAUUUAAGACACUGGCUGUUUCAGAUGGAGAGCUGAAUGUGCUGGAGAUCGAUGAGCAUGCAGCUACACAGUACUCCAGCAGUAACUCCAGUCUGCCCACUGUACCUAGUGACAGGGCCAGAGGGGUGGGUCAGGUGGCCAGCUGGGCCGUUAGCUUUGAGAGACUGCUGGAAGACUCUACAGGCGUACACUAUUUCACAGCAUUUCUGAAAUCUGAGGUCAGUGCUGAGAACAUCUUAUUUUGGCUGGCGUGUGAAAAGUUUCGCAAGAUACCUGCCAAUCAAACUGAGCAGUUGAGGAGAGAGGCUCUCUCAAUUUACAACAGCUUCCUAUCCAGCAGCGCGACCAGUCCUAUUAAUAUAGAUGACAGGGUACGAGUGGAGGAGAAAGAUGUGCAAAACCCCCAUUCUGACAUCUUUCAAAAGGCCCAACAACAGAUCUUCAAGCUGAUGAAGUUUGACAGCUAUACACGCUUUGUACGCUCACAACUAUAUCAGAGGUGCAUGCUGGCUAAUGUGGAGGGCAGGCCUCUGCCAGGGCUGGACUCUCGUGGCAAACCCCUCACAUCAACAAAACACACCAGUAGUACUUCACCCAGAGAGCAAGCCAAGACUGACAACAGAACUAAGGAGAGGCUGAAGUUUAAAUCAGGAACAGCAGAGGCUGAUGAUGUGGUGGAGAGAAGGAAGGUGAAUCUGCAAGGCAUGAUUGGAAAGGACAAGCGGAAAGAGAAGAGAGGCUCCUGGGGAGAAUCUCCAAACAAUUUCAAGAGUGUAUUGAAGAGUUCAGAGGUUGAUAAAUUAGUUGCACGCUCUGCAGAAGGAAGGGCCGAUAAGUACUGCUGUGUGUUCCUGCCUGAUGGCACGGCCUCUCUGACUCCGGCCCGACCCGGCCUAACUGUCCGCAGCAUGCUCACCGGCUUGUGUGAGAAAAGAGGCCUUCCUCUGACAGAUAUCAUCAUCUACCUGCAGGGCAAAGACAAGCAACCACUGUCGUUGGAUCAGGACAGCUCUGUGCUGAAGGACCAGCAGGUGUAUUUAGAACUGAGGGUUACUUUUGCAGUGAAGGUAGCAUUCACAGGUAAGACGGUGGCUGUUGUGGUGAAGUCUAAUAAAACCCUGCAGGAUGCACUCACCACAGUGCUUAACAAAUACCACCUCAGGCCACAGGACACCACUGUCACCAUGAGUGGAAGUGGACAGAUCAUAAAUAUGAACACAGCUGUCACUUGUCUGGCCAAUAAGACACUAAUUCUUGAUAGAGGUGUUGAUCAGGCCAGCAGCUCAAAUGGCAACUUCUCACCUCCUUCAUUACAAGAUCGAAGAGGUGCUGUGGAUGCAAUCAUGUUCCCUCCAGGAAUUUCCCGAUCAACUGCCAGACAGAGGAACCCUGGAUUGAGGAGAACAUAUGACAUGGAGGGUUUGGUAGAGUUGUUAAACCGAGCUCAGUGUUGCAGUGCUGAUGAUCAGAGAGGUCUCCUGAAGAAAGAACAUCUGAUGCUACCUCAGUUUCUCCAGUUGCCUCUGGAUGAAGUGGAGGAAACAGAGACAAGCAGAUCACUAGAGGGGUCUCUUGAAGUGAGUUCUCCUGCAGCUUCAAUACAAGCAGACUCACAAGAGGAACGACUGUCUGAAAGCAAGAACUCUAAUCCAGCACGAGAAACUGUGGUGUGAGCUAUAACUGAAUGGACAUGUUGCAUCCUUUGCUUCAAUGAUCACACAACAUGGAAAAUACAGUAUGUUUGAGAAAUGGGAACAUGUGAUGGUCUUUAAAAUUAACAUGAAACCAAAAUUGGAGUGGUGGUGGUGUAGUGGACUAAAGCACUGAACUGGUAAGUGGAAGGUUGUUGGUUCAAUCCCCACAGCCGCCACCACCAUUGUGUCCUUGAGCAAGGCACUUAACUCCAGGUUGCUCCAGGGGGAUUGUCCCUGUAAUCAGGGCACUGUAAGUUGCUUUGGAUAAAAGCGUCAGCCAAAUGCAUAAAUGUAAAUGUAAAAUUGACCCUAAUUACUUUCAUAAUUCACAGUCCUGGUCUUAUUGUGCUUGAUUCAUUGGUGCAUGUUAUUCAUAAGAGAAAAAAGUUUUUCACAAUCCAGUCAUUUCCGAGUGGAUAAAAUUAUGUCCUAACUUUCUCUAUGAAUAUCCUGUUACAUUACAUUACAAGUAUAUUACAUUUUGCAAGUAAAAUGGUUUGCGAAUGCCAUUUCAUAUUGACUUUAAUAAUGGACACAUUAGGAUGGAUCUUUUAGGACUUUUUUUGAUAACAGGAAAUGCUAUGAUAUUGUUUACAGUAGAUGUGAUUCUGCACAAUGUUAAUGCCCAGCUGCUUUUAUUUAUUUCAAAUUUAUUGACUUAACAGAAAUACAGUUUGUUUUCAUGAA